AUGAUUAGGGCGACGGUGUUAGUUGUCAAAAAGUUGCCGACACAAAUUGUUAAUAGAAAAAUUUUCCGCAAGAAUUUGUGGGAAAUUUUCAGUUUUUGCGCUUGAUGUGGUGUGAAAAAGUGCCCGGAAACAAUGGAGAGGUUCACACUGAAGAUCAUCGACAAGCCCAAGUCGAGCUUGCGGAAUGUGUGUCGCCUGUGUGGGAUGGAUAAUCCCAAUAAAGUCUUCAUUUUGCGGGAUGAGGAUGUUUUCUGCGAGGACGAUGUGCCGCUUUCGACGAAAAUUCAAGUUUGUUGCGGUAUUGAGGUGACGAAGAAAGAUCGGAUGCCACAGAAGAUUUGUACUCUGUGCAGCGAUAAAAUCAAUGAUUUCUACGAAUUCCGGGAGAUGUGCACAGCCACGAAUGUACAAACAAGAGAUUUACUCGGGCUACCACGUGAGAAGCCCAAAUCCAAAGCACAGCCUCCGCUUCCGCCACAGCCUCCUGUGGUCAAUAACGUCGAAAGGCGAGAUGCUCCAUCAAAGACCAUCUUGCAGCCUCCGAUAAUAUCAGAGUCAAAGACAAUGCGGGACACGCGGGGGCGUCCACCGAAGGUUGCAAAGAAGAAAGCUCCUGGAAAGGUGGUGAAGCCCACAAAGAGCGGGAAGGUGGCACAAGCCACGAGGAAGACAAAACUAAUGCGUGCCGCGAAGAUCGUGAAUCUGAAGCAGGAGCCCAAGGAUCCACCACCAGCAGCAGCGCCACCGAAGCCUCCAAUGGUGGACAUUAAGCCCCUCCUGCGGCCUGCUGUGGUUAAGCUCACAAACAUUCUCCCUCUGCCACCAAUUGCAUCAAUUUCACAGCCCAAAUCCGCCGCUCCGGCCGUCAAACCGAAGCUCAAGAAGAAGGUUCAAUUCUCACCGGCCCUGCCUGUGGUGAUGAAGCGCCCCAUUGUGGAGAAGGAACCAGAGAAGCCGCAACCGAAGAAGGCACGCGUGGAGAAGCCCCCACGGCCGCCAGUUCUCGUUAAAUGCCCAAUUUGUAUUGAACCCAUCGAGAAGGACAUCUACUCCGUGCACAUGAUGCAGGUCCAUACGCCCAAGACGUAUGAAUAUGGCUGCAGUCCGUGUGGGGUACCCUUUGAGAAUGUAACUGACUACCGGGAUCAUCAGAAUUGGCAUAAAAAUGCCAGAAUUCCAUUUAGAUGCUUCAAAUGCCUCCGGACAUUUGAUAAACUCGCCGGCUUCACGAUGCACUCCCAGAAGUUCUGCCCGGAGAAUCAUAUAUUCACGAAUACAGUCCCCAAUACAAAUUGCACAAUGUGUGGUCAGGAGUUUGCAACAUUCAAUCUCUACAACUGGCACGGAUGCUUCAUCAAGUCCAAUACAAAUUGUCCUAAAUGCGAUAGAUUCAUCCAGCGCAAGGAUCGCCUCUUUAGGCAUAUUUUUGUCUGCAAGGGCAAAGGGACGUCCAAUACGCCAACACCUGAUGUGUCAGAUGAUGCAGAUAGCUUGAAGGCGGAGCAUCUGGGAGCGCCGGUGCCCAAAGUGAAGCCACUCAAGAUAAAGAUUCACAAGAAGAAGUUUGCCACGGUGACAAGUACGCCGCGUACGGAGACAGUGAUAAAGACGGAGCCUGAUUCAACGCUGGAGAUUGAGGAGUCGCAAAUUAAUGUUGAAGGUGCAAGCCUGCACACCUCCUAUGAUGACAUUCAACCGCCAAAACCGAAGCCGAAGGCACCAAAGGUACUAAAACGUGUAACGCUGAAGAAUCCCUAUGCACAGCUGGCGAGGAGGAUAAAGCAGGAACCAAAGGAUCCCACUGAGGUGGCAAAAGAGUUGGCGCCUCGUGUUGCAGCCCCUGUUGCUGCUAGACCGUCAAUCAGGGUGAAGCAGGAGCCUGUAGAUAGUGGGUAUGAGAAGAUGGUGCGAUUAGCUGCGAAGAAUAUCAAGAAGGAGCGAAUUGACGCGUCAGAGGAGCCUCCACAGCAGGAAUAUCCAGAAGAAGAGACUCAGCAAGACGAAGAUCCGGAAGAGGAGGAAGAAGCACCGCCAGAGGAGCCUCCACCGGUACCGCCUCUACCGCGAGGGGUGCGAAUAAAACAAGAGAAGCCCGAUGUGAUUGUAAAGCCUGAACCCAUUGAUCCCGCCUAUGAUAAGCAUCUACCCCCAAAACCACCGGCAAAGAUUCAAAAAGUAGCCAAGAAGCGUGUCUUUAAGAUCCCCUCAGCACUCAUCCAGAAGCUGCAGCAGGAGAAGAAGAAGCAACAGGAGAAGGAAACUCGUGGAGAGGGACAAAAUAGUCACGCUGCAGAGCGAGAUGAUCAAGGGCAGGAGAAGGAGGGAAAUGAGGAACAAACGGAAGCAGCCCCUGAAGCUGUUCCACAACAACAAGCGCCUGUUCCUGUGAUUACUGGUGUAAGAAGUAUUGAGAAGAGUGACUUUAGAACACCCUUUGUUCCUGUUAGGAUUAAGACUGAGAGAGUUAGCCCAACGAGGACACUACAGCGUGAUGUUAGCACUGCCCAGGAGGAGAAUGGGGUCAAUGGAAGUUCAGAAAAUGGUGAAGAGGACCAAGAAGGUGCUGCUGAUGAAGAAUCUGCGGCUAAUGAGGAAUCCGCUGCUAAUGAGGAACCCGCUGCAGUUGCUCAAGACUCUGCAGCUGUCGAGGAAAUGGCAUCAGAAGCGCCAAAGGAAGCUCCUGAAAACACUACAGAAGCAGUAGAAGCAAAUGCAGUGAAUCUCCCUGAAAGCCCUGAAAGCGCCCCAAUUUCCACGAAUGAUCAAAAUGGUGUCGUACAUGAAAUUCCAAGAAGCAUUGAUGAGCCUGAGUCCGCUCAGACAGGACAAAAUUGAAUAUUUAAAUGUGUAGAGAAUGGAUUUUGAACUGUAAAGUGCAUAAAAAACAUUUUCUCAAUAAAAAAUAAUUAUUAAAAAAUUA